AUGAAGACGAGCAUAGAGAUUGUCCCUGAAUUAGUACUUCAUGAAACUAAUGAAUCCACGAUUCCUUACUUUGAACGUUCUUUUAAUUAUGACUCUUGGAAGAGUUUCACAUUGAAAUAUGGUUCGGUUAUUAUUGAUCUGCUUAGGGUGCAUCAAGCGUUAAAGGAGAUCAGAGGUUUGACAAAUCGUCGUUGUAGAUUCAAGAUAAAUUCAUUAGGAUCUUAA